AUGUCAGCGGCCAAAAAAGAUCAAUUUGAAAAAAUAGAUCGAAACAUUCAUAAUGUGUGUUGGCUCGUCUUUUUCACAUCAAAUACGAUGGCAUCAUUGGACAUGAGAGGUUGUACCUGUGUUUUGUUUUACAUCGUAAUUACACUGUAUACCCAAUCUACAGCAGAAUCAAGAAUCUUACGAGGGUUCCAAGAUGCCAAAAUGAAAAACAGGGUAUUUCUGUCUCCGCCUAUUCACGUGUCCUCCAAACGGAGCAAAAUACAGUGUGUAGACGCGUGUUCGAUGGUCCAGGCUUGCAUUUCUUUGUUGUAUAACAGUGUCAACAAGUCCUGCUUCCUGUACGACCAAGACUUCACCGAGGACGAUAAUUGGGAUUCGGAAGAAAACUGGGACUACUUCUAUAUUAUACGAGUUCCAGAUUGGUCUAUCAUAAAAGCUGAAUGCAACAAGCAAGACCGCUUUCAGUAUAUUCAAUCCCUGGAUAUCUGCUUCAAACUUUUUCACCAAAAAGAAAAAUACCAUGAAGCACUGGACGACUGCAAAAAUUCCAAUGGGGGCAACCUGAUGAAAAUAGACAGAAAACUGAAACAAAAGGAAGUUGAAAACUAUCUUGACUCUGUUUCGGGCAGCUUAUCAUCCUACGAACAAAUCCGCAUCGCUGGCUAUCACUCAAAAUACAACACGUGGGUGUUUGACGAUAACGAGGCUAUGACCUAUUUUAACUGGAAUACAGGAGGUGACCAGCCGGACGGACAGACAGGCAUUGCCCUGUCUGUGGGUGCUGGCUACAAGUGGCACGAUGUUUCUGAUGACAGGGACCUCAAAUUCAUCUGUGAAAUCAGGGCAUAGGUGGAAAACAAUGAUUUGUUAUGAACUCGUUUAAAACGACUGCUAUACAUAAUGUAAAUGGUGAACAGUAUAUACAUUUGUAUAAUAAACAUUGUAAAAAGAGUAGAUUGAUUUUAUUGAAGUGUGUAUUAAUUUAUUGGUUCAUAUAAUAAAAGUCAAACUUUUUUUUAAUUUGAA